UUCUGAGGCAAAAAGGGCGAAAGGAUCAGAGUAGUUACCGUGAUCCAUCUUCGUUAUCUCUCUAACUUUUCUAUCUCUCUAGAAUUUUCUAUCGUCUUCACAAAUUAGGGUUUUUGCGAAUCUCUUCGAAAAAUCAAAUCCCAACGGUUCAGCCAUGGGUUCCGAUUCAAUCGCCGCCGUUCCGAUUCCUUCCGCCGCUAACACCAAGAACCCUGGCAAAAAGAAGAGGACCAAUAGGUCGGCGAAAUUGAAGCAGUAUAAGAUUGAUGCUCGUCGUGAACAAUGGCUAUCUCAAGGUGCAGUAAAGAAGAAGGGUUGCAAGGAUGGAUUGGACGAUGAUGUCCACGUGUCGUCGUCACCGGUGGGGAAACAGAGCAAACGUGAAAUGGAGAAAGUGGGGACGAGGCGUAGAGGUGGAGAGGAUGACGUGUUGAUUCAUCAAGACAGUGAUUCGGAGUCGCCGUCAAACAGUCCUAUCAGUCCUAAUAGUAGUGUGUUGUGUGGUAAUGAUUCCGGGACGAAUUUCACUGGUAGUAGCAGUGGUGCAAGCAGUAGCAGUAGUAGUUCUAGUAGUGGUGGGUGUUUCUCCGGGAAUAUUACGGAAGAGGAAGAAGAUGAUGAAGAAGAAGUAGAACAAGAGGAGGAGGUAGAUGAUGGAUGCUUGGAUGAUUGGGAGGCUGUGGCAGAUGCUUUAGCCGCCGAUGAGAAGCAUAGAGCCUCUCCACAGGAUGAACCCGUUGUGGAAACGGAUUCAUCUUGUGAAGUGACUGAUGGUUUGAGUUCAGGAUGUUUGGAUUCCAAACCGGGGAGUGGUGGAACGGUUCCUCGGGCUUCCGGUAAUGGCAAAGCUUGGAGGGCUGAUGAUGCUUUUCGCCCUCAGACUUUGCCCAAUCUGUCGAAGCAGCAUAGUAUGCCGAAUCCACGUUUUGUAGGAGGGGUUCCCUGGUCUUGCAUGUCUGUGCCAUCCAAUUGUCCAAUUUGCUGUGAGGAUCUCGAUUUAACGGACACGAGUUUUCUUCCAUGCAAUUGUGGUUUUCGGCUUUGUCUCUUUUGCCACAAGAGGAUUCUUGAGCAGGAUGCUCGUUGUCCUGGGUGCAGGAAGCAAUAUGAGUGUGAACCUAUUGAGACAGAAGCAAGUGUGCAUGGAGGUAGCCUUACUCUUCGGUUGGCUCGUUCUGUUAGCAUGAUCGAAAGGUCUUGAGAGAUUUCUCUGUUUUCAUUAGUUGUGUAUGCUGUGGUCUCUCCUUUUUUGCAUUAUUUGCGUCGUCUGUAAUUUUCUAGGUUGGAACAUCUAAUUUUCAUAGGUCUAGUUGGUUUAGGACAUGAGUUUCUUUAGCAUCACGAAAUCAAGUUGUUUCUCAUUUCAUCUUAUGGUGCAUGUGUUAAUGUAGAAUACUCAUGUUGGUAUGUGAAUACAUAAGGUGGUAUAGAAAUUCAAUACAUUGAAAUAAAUGGUUACAUCCUGCCGUGGCAUAUUACCUUAAAGCUUCCA